AUGAUAGCUGUGCACUUUGACAAGCCGGGAGGACCAGAAAAUCUUUACUUGAAGGAAGUGGCCAAGCCCAGCCCAGGCGAGGGUGAAGUCCUCCUGAAGGUGGCAGCCAGCGCCCUGAAUAGGGCGGACUUACUCCAGAGACAAGGCCAGUAUGCCCCACCUCCAGGAGCCAGCAACAUUUUGGGACUCGAGGCAUCUGGACACGUGGCAGAGCUGGGAGCUGGCUACCAGGGACCCUGGAAGGUCGGGGACCCAGCCAUGGUUCUGCUGUCUGGCGGGGGCCAGGCUCAGUAUGUCACUGUUCCUGCAGAGCUCCUCAUGCCCAUCCCGGCAGGACUGACCAUGUGCCAGGCUGCAGCCAUCCCAGAGGCCUGGCUCACCGCCUUCCAGCUAUUACAUCUCGUGGGAAAUGUGCAGGCUGGAGACUCUGUGCUAAUCCAUGCAGGAGCAAGUGGUGUGGGCACAGCUGCCAUCCAACUUGCCCGGAUGGUUGGGGCUACUCCUCUGGUCACAGCUGGUUCCCAGCAGAAGCUUCAAAUAGCAGAAAAGCUCGGAGCAGCUGCAGGAUUCAAUUACAAAGAAGAGGAUUUUUCUGAAGCAACACUGAAAUUCACUAAAGGUGCUGGAGUCAAUCUCAUUCUAGACUGCAUAGGGGGCUCCUACUGGGAGAAAAAUGUCAACUGCCUGGCUCUUGAUGGUCGCUGGGUUCUCUAUGGUCUGCUGGGAGGAGCUGACGUCAAUGGGCCUCUGUUUUCAAAGCUACUUUUUAAAAGGGGAAGUCUGAUUACCAGUCUUCUAAGAUCUAGGGACAAAAAGUACAAGCAGAUGCUGGUGAAGGCUUUCACAGAGCAAAUUCUGCCCCACUUCUCCACGGAGGGCCCUCAACGCUUACUGCCGGUUCUGGACAGAGUCUACCCCGUGGCUGAAAUCCAAGAAGCCCAUGAGUACAUGGAGACUAACAAGAACGUGGGCAAAAUCGUCCUGGAGCUGCCCCAGUGA